CUUUCAGGCCAACUAAAAUUCAAAUGCGGGUGAUUCGCCGUUUGUAUGACAUGAUUGGCAUGCUCAAAGUACUUUAUAUUCGCUAAAUCGAUACACAUUUUCGACCUAAAAGUGGCUAAUUUGUGUUUAUAUUUGGCCCGAUUUGUCGCAAAAAUGUUUGCGAGAAUUACCUUCUACCCGACGUUAAUUUAUAACGUAUUUAUGGAAAAGCUCACACCGAGACAAUGGUACAACAGGAUAGACGACACCGUUAUUUUAGGAGCUUUACCAUUCCCGCACAUCGCUAGAGAAUUAAUAGAAAAAGAAAAUGUCAAAGCUGUUAUAUCGAUGAACGAGGAUUAUGAGCUAUUCUUUGCGAAUGAUUCUAAGUCUUGGAAGAAAUUAGGAGUUUCUUUUUUGCAACUAGCUACAACAGAUAUUUUCGCCACCCCAUGUCAAAGUAAAUUAGUAGAGGGUGUUCGUUUUAUUAACCAGUUUGUUGAUAAAACGAACGUGAUUAAUGGUGUAUCGAACUCUUCAGUUUACAUUCACUGCAAAGCAGGUCGGACAAGGAGUGCCACAUUAGUCGGUUGUUAUCUAAUUCAGAGGUAUAACUGGGGCCCUGAACAAGCAGUCAACCACAUGAAAGAGAAGAGACCCCAUAUUUUAAUGCACAAGAAACAAUGGGAAGCGUUAAGUAUUUUUAGGGAACAUAACAUGGCCAAUAUAUAAAAGUUAUUUAUUAGGUAUUUAUUUACACAGUACAAAAGUACAUUAGGAAAGAACAUUUUUGUUGUGACAGUGCUAUGGAAUUAAAGUUUUAUACAAUUUACUAAAAUAGUCUAGUUUAGACUUAAAAAAAAAAAG